GAAAGUAAAGUUAGAAGAUUUCUCAAGAAGUCUGGACUAAAGGACAUUCACUUUAUUUUAAUUAAUUCCAAGGAUUUGGAUGCAAAACAGAAACUCAAAGAUCUGACACAAAAAGUGUCUUUUGGUGUGUAUCAGGAAAAUGGCAACGAAUUGGUGUGGAAUGCAUUGGACGGCGGCAAAGAUGAUAUGUUCAUAUAUGACAGAUGUGGUCUUUUGACAUAUUAUAUACCCUUCCCGUUAAGUAUAAUCCACGCCCAACAGCCUAUACUUCAAGCGGCACUUCUGUCGACCUAUUUUGAUAAUCCUUGCGGCGAGUCGUGUGACUCAAUACCAUCUGAUACCAGUCCCAUCAAUACUACUUUGAUUAUGGAUUCAGUGAAUAUAACCACUGAGUCUUCAUUGAGUUCAGGGUCUGAUCCGUUGAAUAACACUUCGUUUAACGUGACAUUCGAUGAAACAUUUCCUGAAGGAUUAAAUGAGUCCAAAGUCUUUGAAUCCAAUGUUACGACAAUUGAUUUGAGAGAUGAGAAUGUGAUUGUCUUUGAGACCACAGAAGCGAGUGAUUCAGUGGUCGUUGAAGAUGGUAGUGGUUCGGGAAGUGGUGACGCGCCCAUUGAAGAGGUGUUAGAAAUUAGUACUGAAUCCAUAGGAAUGACAAAUGGAAGCAAUAGCUCAUUGAAAGAGGAAGAGUGGAAGACUUUGGAGAUGAUUAAUGGCAAAGAUAACCGCUCGGAUAAAGACAUUUUCGAUGAUAUCUAUAAU